AUGCCCUCCUCGAUGCCUAGCCCAUUGCGCCUAAUCUUCCGAGACCUCUUACUCUGCGUAUCUCUCGCGUCGCUCACCGUUCUCGGCAUCAUACACGCUCUCCUCCACAUCCUACACAACCGCUUCCUCUCCCAAUUGCUGCAAGUGCAGGCUGAUGGAGACUCAACGGCAGCAGCAGUGCUGACGGUGGCAGAGCGUCUUGCGAACGUUGCCAGCCUUCACUCGCACCUGACCCUCGUAUUCAAAAUCACCCUGGCGUCGAGCGUUUUGGUGCUGGCCCUACGGGAGCUGGUCGUACUCCUUGGCAUCCGAAUGGGUUGGUGGGAGAAUUGUUCCGAAGAAUCAGAGAGGCUGGCCUGGUUGGAGGAUGCAGUCUGGGAUGCUGAUGUCGCGGAGAAGACAUCUGUUGCGACUGUGUGGCCCGAACAUGUCUCGGAGAAACCAAUCGUCCCUGUGUCCCCGGAGCAGCUCCUCGCCGCGCUAUAA